AUGGUAUUGGCCAAGGAUGGCGGAUCACUCCUCCGCGAAACCCAUCGACAACGCCUCAUUGAGCUGGCAAAAACGCUGCAAGACAACGUCACGGUCGAAUUCAGGGGAAAAAUUUAUGAAUUUCGGGAUCUUUGCGAACCAUACUGUGAAUUGAACACAGCAUUUCUUGCGUUUCUCAAACUUUAUGAUCCAGAAAAUCCAUCAACUUACACCUAUCCACAGGUGGAAAUUUUUGGGACGCAAACUUUCAUCGGUGAGUUGUUUGGGACAAGAAGUUACAAAUCUCUUACCCUUUUUUUGCAAAUAUCCUUAGAAAUCAAGGCAAAGGUUCUUUCCCUAUGUUUUCUAUUACUGGAUGACCUUCACUCGGUUAAGGAAGAAAAUGACAUAUGA